AUGACGGAUAUCCUCGUUGCCCAACCUGCUCCUCAGGGUAACCUUUAUACAUGUAUAUCAUGCACCAUCGCCUUCCACACUGCCCAAGAUCAAAGGGAGCACUACCGCUCUGAUCACCACAGAUACAACAUGAAGCGGCGAGUGGCCGGCCUGCCACCCGUCAGCGCCGCGUUGUUCAACCAGAAGGUCUUGGAGAGGAGGGCUGAGACAGCUGUUAUGGCUUCGCCCAAGGGCUCAUCCUGCGAGAUUUGCGGGAAAACCUACACCACAGAGAACGCAUACAGGUCUCAUUUGAUCUCAAAAAAGCACAAGGAAAACGAGCUUCGUGCCGCCGCUAAGGCCGCUGCUGCACCCGAAGCCUCUCCCGUCCUCGAGGAGACCUACGCUUCACCCGAAGCUGGCCCUUCCUCCCCGCCUACAUCAUCUAGGGCCGCGGCGGAGCCUGGUGUAGAGAAGGUUACCUCGCAGCUUCAGGGCGUUUCGCUCAGCGUCGAUGAAGGCGCGAGUGAGGAGCAGAUCAACCAGACCAUCGACGAGAAGAUCGCCGCCGCCCGUGCCCGCCUCUCGCCCACCCAGUGCCUCUUCUGCACGUCCGCACCCCCCGCAGAGACACUAGAGGACAAUCUCACCCAUAUGUCAGUCGCGCACUCUUUCUUCGUCCCCGACGCCGAGUACCUCGUCAACCUAGCCGGGCUCGUUACCUACCUGGGCGAGAAGAUCGCGGUGGGGAACACGUGCCUCUACUGCAAUACCGAGUUCCGCUCGCUCGAGGCGGUGAGGAAGCACAUGCAGGAUAAGGGCCAUUGCAAGAUCGCGUACGACACGGACGUCGAGCGGCUUGAGGUCUCGGACUUCUACGACUUCUCGACGUCAUACCCCGACGCGGAGGAGCGUAAUGCGCGCAAGGCGGCGCGUGCUGCGAGGCGGGCCGCGAAAGAGAAGGCGAAGGCCGAGAAGCAAGAGACCGAGGAAUGGGAGGACGUCGAGGACGAUGCUGACGACGAUGGGGAAGUCGACGACGUCGUAGACGUAGAGGCGUCGGACGAGAGCGACGAGGAGUCUGGCGAGGACGAACUCGACGAGAACCAGGUCACGUAUGGCGACUCCAGCUACGAACUGGUCCUGCCGUCGGGUGCGCGGAUAGGUCAUCGCAGCAUGCGGAGGUACUACGCGCAGUCCUUCCCUGGCAUGCGGCGAGGCGGCAAACCGGAGGAUCCCAACUCCGGCGCUGCACUCGUGCGCAGGCUCAUCGCCGACAAGAAAUCGGCUCUCGUCCCUCGGAAGGGCGGGUUCGGUGCGUUCGGUAGCGGCACGGACGUCGUGAAAGCGAGGAACGCCGGAGAGGCACGGGAGGCGGGUCGGCAUGUGCGCGAGUACCGCGACCAGCGUCGCAGGGAGGAGUUCAAGACGAAGGUUGGCUUCAUUGCCAACUCGCAGAAGCACUUCAACCCACCAGUGUUGUAUUGA